AUGGAGCCCAGCAGCCUGCGUGCCCGCGCAGUGGCGAUGAAGAGCGCGCUGCUCCCAGUCCUGGCUCUUUGGGUGGGCUGCAGCCCUGGAGGGGCCCUGGCCAAGCAGGGGCUGGGCCUGAGGAAGCCCACAGCCCUGCCAGCCCCCUGGGCCUCCAGACGUGGCUUGGACCUGAGCAAGAACAAGUUGGACACCUGGGGCCUGUACCCCCAGGCCUUCCACUGCCCCCUCCGUCUGCUCUCUCAGGGGGCCUGGGCCUGGGAGGAGGGCUGGCAGGAGCUGCAUCUGGACACCCAUGUCAUUGAGCAGGUGACAGAGCAUGUGCCCAACCACAGCCGAGACCUCUGCAUGCUGGUGCUCAGCAAGAACCCGCUCCAGGAGGACCGGCAGGCACCACAAGCUUGGACUGUGCUCCCGUGGGUGCUGCCACUGGCCUGGCACCUCAUGAGCUUCACCCUGACAGGCCCAUGGAAGUCAGAGAAGGAGGACUCGCCCAAAGGACCCCAGCGAAGACCCUCGACCUGUCCCACAAACCAGCUGGUACAAGUGCCCUCCUUCCUGCAUCGAGCACGUCCCUGGCUACAUGUUUGUACCCAUGAAGCCAAGCCUGGAGCUCCUGCGCCUGUGUCACAACAGCCCGCAUGCCAUGGCACCCACAGUGCAUCCUGUCUGAGCCUACAUGCCUCCCUGGCUGAGGUGCUGCUGGGUGACCAGCAGCUACAGGCCCUCCUGCGUGGCCGGCUGGGCCUCUGGGGGCCGCAGGCCCUGCACCAGAGCCACAGCAAGAUCAGGUGGAGGCUGUGCCCAGUGACUGUGAAGCCUAAGCAGCCAAGGAGGGGGGCUGCAGACAGCAGAAUCUGGGAAGGUGAGAGGACUCCAGCCCAGAGCAGCAAGGUCCGGGCCCCAAAUGGGAAGGUGGCAGGUGGUGACCCUUCACCCUGGGUCUCAUCUCUGCACCUUGGUUUCUACCCCCCCCCACCUUGCCUCCCCAUUGUGAUGCCUGACUCCCCUUUCUGGGGUCUUUCCUCUGCUCACCCCUGCUACCCCCACUCCACAACACAUGCCCCAAAUUCCAUCUGUGUCACUUGUGUGGCCCAGGACUCACCUCACCUCCAUGCACCUGGAGAACAACCGCAUGGACCGCGCCGCAUCCCGCCCGCUGCGUUCUCUUGCACCCAGGCCCGCCACAGCGUGGGCCUCCGGCCCCAGCAGGGGGGGGAGCUGGGGAGGGCUCCUGGAAGGCCCGGAGUGCGGGUGUGACCAGGCCCAGCUCCACCUGAUCUUUGCACCACUGGGAGAAAGAUCUAGAAGACUGCUGCUUCAGAUGUACCCACUUCCCAUUGACUGCUGAGACCCCUUCACUUAGUAAAUG